ACUAUGAAGCGUUCAAGGCUGUAAGCCAUAUAAUGCCAAAGUUUGGGAAGUUGCCCUAAAAUUAACGCUUUCACACUAACUUCUACUGUCCCUUUAAAAAACAAGCACAGUCUAGGUUACAGAUUCCUUAUAAUGUAGUCCGGACCUAAGAGGCCUUCUGAGGGUACAUCAGUCUCUCUAAACUCAAAACUAAUGUGUUUGUCCUUUUGCAGUGUUACUUUGGUCUUCCACUUUUCUAUCUAAAGUUAAAUUUUAUCUUAAUAAAAAUAUUAAAGCCAGUGACCAGUUUCAAAAGAAAGUUUAUGUUUAAAGUUUUGAGACUGUAAUAAAACCCAUAAAGAUUCCUCUAAACACAUAUCUGAUUAAAUGUAUCAUUUAUUCAAUUUGACCGACAGGUUUUAGCGUAACUAACAUGAGGGAAAAGGUAUUUUCCCAAUGAUCAGUUAGUCUUACUACAAUAAACUUAGGUGAGGGAGCACAGUAUGCUGUUUGAACACUGAUCUCUGCUGAAAAUGCCCUUUUGUAUAUCUGUGUAAAUAUUCCAUUAAUAGUUCUAAAUUAGGAUGAAUGAUUCAUUUGUUCCUUACAGCAGGGGGGUGUCUAGAAGGGGAGCAAAGGGGCCUGCAUCCUGAAAUAUGAUAGGCUGCCCCAUCAAAGUCACUGUAUUAGAAAUAUUACUACAGUACUGUCUUAUAGUGCCCCAAACCAUUAUACAGCAUAGAACGGGCCACUGGUGCUACUGAUUCUAGCUCUUAUUUAAGUAAAAAGUUUUGAAAGUGGUGUUUUGUGCACCUGUUUUUUUCACUGGAGGAAUAUUUCUGACUGAGUAUUGAGAUUUAUGUCGGUGUUCUCCAUGGGUGUCAUGUUAUUUUCGUCAGACAGAUAACGCUGCCUCCACAUGAACAGAAUCAACUUUCUGGGAUUUCCUUAGCUGGAUGACUGAGCAAGGACCAGGAACAGUGUUUUCAGCAGAGGGGGCGGUAGUGCUCUUCCCGUGGGGUUUCUAAUACCACAGGGAGAAGAAGAAGAAGACGCCGUUGCUAUGCGACGACGCUACAACACUCCCAUGAACUGCUAGGCAUAAAUAACCAUUACUUAGGCUAGCAACUCAUAUUUCAGGGGCGUCUUCCGGUGACUUUCUGUUCAUCAGUCCAGCCAUGCCUCUUCCAGACACAUUCUACUGUGCCCAGCAAAUCAACAUCCCUCCUGAGCUGCCAGACAUCCUUAAAGACUUUACUAAGGCAGCCAUCCGAACACAGCCCAAGGAUUUGUUGCAGUGGUCUACGGCAUACUUCAGUGCUCUGUCUAAAGGAGAGUGUCUGCCUGUUAAGGACAGGCUGGAAUUAAAUGUUGCCACCCAGAAGACGGACACUGGGUUGACUCCAGGUCUUCUGAAGAUCCUCCACAAACAGCUGUCGCCCAAGACAACCUGUAGCAAAGAGGAACUGCAGGCGAAGUGGAAGGGCUUGUGUCUACCUGUGGCUCAGCUGGAGACCCUGCUGUCGCUGGGCAGCUUUGGCUCAGAUAUUGACUGGAUGGAGUUUUUUGCCCUGGGCUGCAGCGCUCUUGGAGGGACUCUUAUCAGUUCGCUUAAGUUUGCCUGCGAGAUCCUAACAGAGGAUGAGAUGGGUGGUGCCGCAAAGAUCCCGUUCGACACCUUUGUCAGGCUCUACACUUACCUGGCUCAGCUAGACGGGGACGUGCCACAGGAACGCAUUGACAACUUCCUCGGCACUCUGCAGCCACAAGUCAACAAGCAGAACGGCAUGAUUCAGGUUUCCAACUUCUACCCCAGCAGGAAGGGAGGGAAGCAGAGGCAGAAAGCAGUGGAAGAAAGAAGUUAGAAAUAGGAAUAAGGAAAUGAUGGCGCCCAAUUAAUAAAUGGAGCAGCUAACGCUUCGUCAAGCACAGCUGUUUUUCCAAAAAGAAAUUGGUCCCAUUAAUUGUUGGCAUCAGCCACUGUGGCCGAUUAUUCAUCAGUGUCCGGCUGAAUCAAGCCGCUAUUAUGAGUCGGGUUGGAUUUAAUGAGCAGCAAUAGAAGCACAAAGCUGCCGUGCUCAAACUGUCAGGUAGGGCGUGUGUGGAUGCUUUUUAUUUCCCAUUCCCGUAUGACUCGGCUAGUGAAGUUCAUUUAUCAUGCACGCUGCCUCACCACAUUUGGCCUCUCUGCUCGCGUCUGCAUUUCACCCAGCAGACCAAAAAAAAAAAGGGAAGUCAAAUAGAUAAGCGCCUACGCCACAAGAGUGUGAGUUUCAGCUUGCGUUAGAGACUUGUGUUAUAUUCACUCCUCUGUGCAGUACUGUAAACAAACACAGGCACAUUUCAACACCAGUGACAGUGACAGUGUGAAAGGUCCAGAGGUCCAGAGAUACAGUAUGACUGUUAUUAACAUAUUUGCCUCUCAUACAAACACACACAAAACUGCUACGCUGGAGGUAUUUCAACAGACAGCACAACAAACGGGAUCAGAGAAAAUUCCGUUUUCAGACACUUUUGGCAUUUGGUCUCAGGGGUGGAGGAUACACGGACACACAGAUACUGUAGCUUACCCCUUCCAGGAUUGCAACUGUGGUCAAGUCAAAGAAGACUGGAAGACAGAUAGAGCCCCCGCUAACUCGAUAACUGCAGGCUCUCUGCCCAUAUGACACAGCAGAGAAAGAAUUUUGUCAGGGCUUCCAGCAGUGAUCUUUUUGUGCAACGCCCACGUUAGAACUGAGUAAAUGAACGCGCUGAAAAUAACUCAGUAUUAACUGUAAUCUGCUCAUAAUGCUUUUAUAUUUGGAAAGAUUCCUAUUUGUAUUGAUAGCUUUUAUGUCUGGCUGAAGUCUGAAGCAGAGAUAACUCUGGUAUCAAAGAUUUAGCGCACGAUGCAGACAGCGCAUAAUUUGUCUUCAUUAAAUAACACAACAUUCAGAAGCCAUGCGUGAGGAUGUGGAUCGCCCAGCUGGAAUUACAAGGUUAAACAGGACGAGAUUUUUAGCUGUACUUAUAUUGUAUUAAAAGAGGUAUAUAAAUUGACAAGUAGAAAACAUAAACACUGAUUUGAACUUGGUUUCCUGUGGAUCUUUUUUUUUUCCAGGAACCGAUGAACCUCUUUUGAUAAGGAAAUCAGGAAGUUUUUGAUUCUGUGCAGGGUUUUCUCAUAUACAGGAAUUUGCGGCAACCCCACACGUUUUAUGCAUAGCCAGAGGAAAUAUAACAGUUCCUUUUUUACCGUAACUACUUAUUAGGGAUUCAUUCACCAUUACAUAGUGGGCAUUACUGUGUAUCAGUUGCACAGAAAUAAUAAAAAACCCAUUGAUUUUUCAAAAUACAGACUAGCCUUGACUGAUCAUUUUUUAUAAGGAUUAUAAAAACGGCCCAUUUUGAAACCGGAAAAACCCUGCGGGGCUAUAGUUUUUUUCUUUUCUCAAAAAAGUACAUGUUUGUGAGCUGGUACUUUCCAGUGAUCUAGGAAUUACCCUUAAUGCUGUUACUGCUUACAAUAAAACACUAUGUUGAAAGCUCAGUUGUGUAUUUAUUCAGUCUGCAAGCACUAUUGCUUGCAUGAGUGUUAGGAGCUUCUAUUUGAAAGCUUUUUGAUCUAGUGAAUUAUUAUGUCGUUGUUAAUUGGAUUUAGAUACUCUGGUAAUGUUGCUACAGUAAAACAGCAAAGUAGUAAAAACAUGUCUUUCACCCUGUGCACAUAAUUCUUUGAGAUUUACAAAAUCCAAGCCUCAUGACAGCAAAUUACAAAGAGCAGCCUCCUGUUGACUUAAAUCAAACUAAACCUGGCAAAGCUGGCAAACUGCACGUGUUUUGAGACACAACAUGUUCUUGUUCUUUAGAAAAAUGUCUGUCUUGUCAGUCACACAUGUCUUGGUUGACAGUUCUAGUAAAGUAAAAGUACAAUCCACCAAGAAUGCUGUGGCCUCAACACAGAGAAGCAUUACUAUCCUCCUCCUUAUCAUCAUUAGUUUAUUUAUUUAAAACAUGUUGAGGGAGAGCCAUAGAGGUGCUGAGGCACACAGUAAGGUGCAGAAGUAAAUUUAUGAAGCAGCAAAAGAAGAAUAGAUUGUAAAUCACUGUAUAUGUAAAUACCUACUGUUUGAUUGCGACACAUUAUAUGCUCCUCACAAAGCAUUCCUUGGAUAUCCUCAAAUUUCUCUCCAAUAAAUUUCUUUUUAGGGGCAUCUUGCACUAUAAUAGUCAGGCUUACAGUUACAGAUGUGCCCCCUUUGUUUUAGGAUGUUAGAACAUGGAAAAACAUGAUGUAAUUGCAAAGAUGUCAGUGGUUUAGGAAUCUCAGCUUUAGGGUGGACCUUGUUGCGCAGCCUUUACUGUUUCUCCAACUUUUGCUCACAACAUCACAUCUCCAGGGACGUGACAAAUGUUGCAGGGCAGUGCGAAGGAAAAAAAAGGCAGUAGAAGAGAGAGCAGACACAAAGGCUUCAUUCUACAGUGACUCUGUUGUGUAAGAGAUUUCGGGGUAAGGAUAAGGGAAAACAUAUUUCUAACUGUUUUCUGAAGUUGCAGAAUUUAUCGUUCUGUGAGCUGUAUUGUUGAACUGGGUUGAGCUAGACUCCACUUUGGGAGCAUGAGAGCAUUGUUGGUUUGAAAGAUUUAUGGGUCGGUUUUAUCAGUCGGUUAGUUUCAGUUUACUUCAAAAAGAAAAUCUAGAUAAGUAAUCUGUGAUGACUGGAGAUGUUUGUAUGAAUUGUUUUGCUGUAUAUAUAUGAACGAAAUGAAUUUAAUUGACAUGUAACAUAUUUAAUGCGUGUAUAUUACAGGGACCUGCAACAUGGGAUGAUAAAGCCACUGGACUUUAUCUACUGGGACGAUGUGGCUUCAGCUCCAUAACAAACGUUGCACACCGAAGCUGGAGGUUUAACAGUGGAGGUGGAUUCGAAUCCUAAAAGGAUUGUGCAUCAUGUGCUGAUAUGUCAAAAAUAAGGAAAUGAUCUAGAAAUACUGUCUACAUUGUAAAUGCUAAAAACAGAAAUAUGGUUGAACUGUCUGUGAUAUCACCCUCACUUCUCUCAUACGUCUGGGGUAUACGCUCACCGCCAUCUUUAAGAUGGGAUUGACAGGCACCUGUCAAUCAAGCAAAGACCCGCAAAGCAUUUUCUCUUUGAGCCUCAUUAUCUUCCUAAUGGAACAGUGAUCUUAAAAUCCCCACUGUGACACAUAUCAGCAGGUGUGAAUUUAAUUAUUGAGACUUAAACUCGUUCAAAAAAAUACUGUAAUUACUUUUUGCAUUUUGAGAGAGGACCUCGGGGUGAGGGGUGGGGGUGCUUCAUCAGAUUCUGGGAUUUAUUGCAGCCAUUAUCAUGCUGCCGUUGAAGGACCAGCAUUUUAUACAGCUUGAUAAGUCCCUUGUACAGUAGCAUUACCUACAUGAUUAUGCACAACAGUCAUUAGUUGCUCUGCAAGACGUCCAAAAAGAAAGUAUCCCCUCUUUCACUUUGAAGAUUUUAUAUAUCAGGACUUCUUAAAAAUUAUCUGGUCCUUACCAGGUUCUAAAAUGAUUUAAUGAGACGAAGGAUGAUCAACAUCACGUGAAAUAUUACACAGUUUCAUUAUUUGAUUAAUGAAAAUCAAUGUGUGUGAAAAACUAAGUAAACUGUAUGAUUCUGUAGCUGCUUGAAGUGAUAGUUUUUUGUGUGACUUUAUCAGUCUCUCACAUCACUGUGAAGGGAUUUUGCUGUUGUACUCCUUCCAUUAAUUGUGGUUUUCUUGCAUUUAUUUAUGCACAGCUCUAUUAAGGUCCCACCACAGUGUUUCAGUCAGGUUGAGGUCUGUUAAUUGUAUGCAGUUCACGUAUCUCGUCCUGUCUAUGUAGACAGGAAGAGAUAGAAAUUUACAUUUAACUAUUACAACCUUCCUGGUCUUUGGGAUAUAACCUCGAGUUGUGUUCACUGACAAAGACGCAUUCAGACUGAUGGAAACAUGCUGGCAAUCUGUCUGCAUUUAUUUAUUAGACAGCAUAAUCUCAGAGUGGUUGCAGUCUUUCAGGGUCAGACUGGGACUGUUUGCAGAAAGGUUGCCUCCUAUCAGGUGAAAUGAGUCCUCUGGGGUGAGUUUCCUGCUCUUGGAAAGAUUAUAUCUAUCUUGUUUUCCACUUGUGAAUCAUUUUCUUACUGCAGAAUGAUGGACCAGAUUAUUUGGAGAUCACCCCACAACCAAUCCCAGAUGGCCAUCAAGAAUUGGUAAUCUAAGGUCUUUGCUGAUGUCUUUCCUCCUUAACACACACUUAAAUGCUACAGACUAGUACUAACAGCUGCUGAUGAUCAGUUGAUCAAGUGCAUUGGAUUAACAGCACCUUGCUGCUACUUACUGUCUUAAUUCCGAUAUUAUGUAAGGUUGCACUUGUUUGUAGUUUUUACACACACUGUUUUUGCCAUACUGUUUAUUAAAUAAAUAAUAACACAGUGUAAUGCUUCAUGUGUUGUUGCCUAGUGGAGGAUGUAUACUUGAAUCCUUAAAACUGAAAGACGAUUUUUAAAGAUUUUUUUUUAAUUAAUCUAUUUACAAGCCUGAUUUUGUCUUUGGUCUGACAUCAUGCUACCAAUACGUAACAUUGAUUGGUACAGCCUGUAUUUGGGAGGGUUUUUUUUAAACACAUGAAUACACAGCACUUAAUUAAGGGCCUCUAGUGAUUGAUUAAAAUUAGCUAAUUACCACUUGUAGACUAUUGAAUUUUUUUCCCCCUACUUAACAUUCUACAAAAGCUUUUUCUCACCAUGGAUUUAAGUGUCGCCCUCAGCUUCUGAGUGCUGGUAGUGUUUUCUGCCCUGGCUUCAUUAACUUAUUAGGCAAGAAUAUCAAGAGGUUCUAAUCAAUCUAUUAAUAAUCACCACGUUAGGGUCAGUGCUAUAAAGAGAAAACAUUUUUUCCAACCUAUUCUCAGACAGAAGCAAUCCUUUAAAAGCCUGUCAUAAACACUUAAUUUAAGUCACAUUUUCAGUUCAUUACACACAUGCAUGCACCUAACAGUUCAGUGCUUGUGCACAUACAGGGCUCAUAGUAGAUCAUUGUGAGGGACUCCUGCUAUGUGCCAAAGAGGGGAGCAUCGUGGGUGUUUUGGCUGCUUGAGGUUUUCAGGGGAAAAAUGAAUGACUGAAAGAGGAAAAGCUUACAGGAGCCUGUCUAAACAUACAAGCAACAGCAAGGUCAUUUUAUUUUCUUGCAGAAAAAUUCAAGAAAACUCAUCUUUCUUUCCUGGAAAGAAGAGUUUUC